CAGCAAAAGAACGACACCUUUACAAGGAUAAAAGCUCUGCCCCCUCAAAAUAAGGAAGAAGGCAUCGGCCAAGACAGGGAGGAUUGUCUCGUUGAUUUAGUAUGGAGAACGUGCCGAGAGUAGGCGUAGCAGUGUUCGUGUUGCGUGGGAAAACAGUGCUGUUGGGGCGGCGCCGCUCCUCCAUCGGCGACUCUACCUAUGCUCUUCCCGGCGGCCAUCUCGAGUUUGGAGAGAGCUUCGAGGAGUGUGCAGCGAGAGAACUGAAAGAGGAAACUGGGUUGGAUAUCCAGAAAACGGACUUCUUAACCGCAACUAACACCAUCUUUAAAGAACCUAAACCAGCACAGUAUGUAACUAUUUUUAUGCGGGCAAUGUUGGAUAAUCCUCAACAGGUGCCCCAAACUCUUGAACCAGACAAGUGUUAUGGUUGGGAUUGGUAUAACUGGGAAGAUCUCCCUAAUCCACUGUUUUGGCCUUUAGAGAAAAUGGUGCAAAGUGGGUUCAAUCCCUUCCCGGCUGAGUAGAUUUGAUGAGGGGACAUUCCAGUUUUAGGUACUUUCUUAUGUGGGAUUAGAUUAUGUGAUUUAGUGCCUCCAAUAUGUUUGAUGGUUUAUCCUAAUGUUAAUUGUAUCUUGAUUAUGGUGUGCUAAAAAAUAACUGUUUUGAAUAAUUGGCUGCUUUGAUCCCAUUCAUACUUAUCAGUUCAGAUUGUAUUUACUCUGGCAGACAGUCAAAAGGGUGAAAAAUCCAAUC